AUGGCGAAGAAAACUCAGCGACGUGCAGCUGCGCGACAGGAGAGGGAUCAGUUAGGAUGCAUGUGGGGAUUCAUGAAUAUGUUUACUUUCCGCCAUGGACCACUGGCUCACAAGCUGCUCGUGGACCAAAAGCAUGCUGCUGGAAAUCAUAGGAACAAGGAUGCUCAAGAUACCCUUGUUGGUGAGGAGCGCAAUGUCACGAUUACGAUUAUGAAGCCAAGUGUGAAGAAACUAAUAGCGGAAGAGUUGUUCAUCGACAAGGAAAUCAAGAAGCAGAGGGAGAAUGCUGAAGCAGGACAGUUGUCAGACUCUGAGCUCGAAGGAAGAAGAAGGAAAACCCAGAGGAAGAAAAACAAGACCCGCAAGAACAGCUGCGAUAAUUUUAGCCAUAUAAACACAGUUGACAGCGAGGAGCCUGAAGCUCAUCGCAGAAAUAAGAAGCAUCAUGUGUCUGCAAGGAGUCUUGACAUUGAUAAUAUGAUCGAAGAGUUCUAUUCUGAGAUUCACCGCAGAAGCACAAGCCGUGCAAAGAAUGGGAUGGUGAACCACAGACACGAAGAUUAUAAAGAGAAACUGAGGGAGUUGGUCAAGUUUUUAAUCAGCCAGAAGCUUUUACAUGGGAACCGUCCCAGAGCAAACAGUGAAAUCCUUACAUCCAAGGACCUGAUGGAGGUGUUUCAGAUUCUGGGAUCGGAUGAGGAAUUGUUUCUUAAACUUCUGCAAGAUCCAGAGAUACUUGUGCCAAGGGAUAUUCAAAACUCACAGACCGGAGAAGAAAGCUUGAGCUUGUUUGAGAUAACCGGCGCAUCAGAACAAUCUUCUCUUGCUGAUAGGAGAUGGUCUAGCUUUUUCAGGAGGAAGGAUACACCACAAGAAGUGACUGAUGACAAAGAACGCGAAGCUUCAGACCGGAUUUUCAUUCUGAAGCCAAGAUCAGCAAGCUUUUCAAGUCCCGACACAGGAAAUAGCCGUGGUUCGUCACCUGAUUCCCAUUUGAUGAGAAACAAAAUGCAGAACGAGAGAAACAGUUCACAUUUCUUUCUUUCUGAGAUCAAGAAGAAGCUGAAACAAGCAAUCAGAAAAGAGCAACCGGGACUGCAGCGUGAGGGGGGAUAUGGGGAAGGGUUUCCGAAAAAUGUGCCAACUAAAGAUCAUUUCUUUCUCGAGCGGAUGGCAAAGCCUUCAACAUCUCAGAAGAAACCUCAUAAAGCUUUGCAAGAGCAGAAUGAAGAUGAUAAAAAGCAAAGGGUAUCUAAUAUCUAUACAGAGGCCAAGAAACAUCUGUCUGAGAUGCUAAACAAUGGAGACCUUGAUUCCAACUCAACAAGCAGACAGGUUCAAAGAACUCUAGGAAGGAUUCUCUCUCUUCCUGAGUACUUGUCUCCUCUAAGCAGCCCGGGAAGAAGAUCGGAAAAGAGCUCAACUACACACAGGAAGUCUGCCUCGGCGGAUUUCAUAAACGUUGUCAACAUCAAGAAAGAAACUCUUGCGAGCCAACCACAGGAUUCGAUGAAAAAUGAUAAUAUUCAGGUCAGCAAUCUAAGCAAAGAACCUGACAAAUCUACCGAGUCUCUCCAAGCAACCGGAAGUGAACCUUCUGAAAAAAGUGUUGACAUUGAGGAUGGAACUGCUAACGAAGAUCAAAUCUCUUCUGCAGGUUCUGCAGAUGAUGUAACGAUUAUCAAUGAGAUAGAUAUAGUUCCAGAGGAAGCAAGCUCCACUUUGGUUGGUGACUUAUCCAAAGUUGAAGCUCAUGAUGAACAGAGCGACGAAAUGGUGGAAGACUUAAAUCCUUUUGCUGUUUCGUUUCUUCCACAGGCCUCUCAUGAAGAGAGCCAACCACCACUGUCUUCCUCUGUUGUCUCACCAUCUCACUGUUUAGCCAAAAGUGAGGAGUGCAAAUCAGCUAUUGCUGAUUUUCCGGAAUGGUCUAGCCCAAUAUCAGUCCUUGAGCCACUCUUCAUUGAAGAUGAUAUAAGCCCAGCAAAAAUGCGAUCUCAGUCUGAUGAAGUACAGGUGCAACCUUGGUGUAUCCACUUUGAUGAUAAAGAUUCUGCAGCGAAAAGCAGAGAGCAUUCAGACAAAACUAUCACAAGUGACAAAGAACUGGUGUUUAAGUAUGUAAGAGCCGUCUUGGACGCUGUUUCCUCAGACUUUGAAGAGCUCUAUCUGAAGGCGCAAUUCUCUGACCAGCUUCUUGAACCAGCACUGAUCAGCAAUAUACCCUUCUGUCCAAACCAGCUUUGCCCUGACCAUGAGCUCCUCUUUGACUGCAUCAAUGAAGUUGUCAUGGAGCUAUGCUGUUGCCCUCCAUGGGCUUCGUUUGUUACACCAAGAACCCGAGUCUUCGCUAGCGUCAAAAGCAUCAUUCACGAGGUUCAAGAAGCGGUCUAUUGGCAUCUGUUGCCAUUGCCACUCCCUCACGCGUUGGAUCAAAUAGUUAGAAAAGAUAUGGCUAAAGCUGGAAACUGGUUAGACAUCAGAUGCGACAUUGACUGCAUUGGCUUUGCAACUAGUGAACUGAUUCUCGAGGAAUUACUUGAAGAGCUCACUCUAAACUGCCUCAACAACACUGAGCACUCUCUGGUUCCAGCUGAGUUGAAGAACGAUGAGAGCGUCCUUAUACUAUAA